AUGUUGGAUUAACAAAUAAGUAAUAUAAAGCUAAAUUAACAAAUUGAACUACUGAUAUUUUGGUGUAGUCAUUUGUAGUUUAGUUAGAAUAUCAUAUAACAGCAGUAGAAUUUCAGGUACAAAAGAAUUUGCACAUCAUUUUUUGCAGCUGCAUGCUGUAUCUAAUGUUAUAUUCCUAGUGUUUCUGACCUAGAGGAAUUAGCUUAAAUUAUUUUAGAAUGACUUUGGAGAAUUGGAAGAAAAAUUCUCAUUUGAAGAGGUUGGAGGUGACAAAGAAUUAUUGGGAAAGAUAAAACAAUAAAACAAAGGAAAGUUGAUUAAAGAUAUAAAGGAGAUUCACAAUCAAUAAAAUAAAUAGGGACAGUAUCAUAUAAAGGAAGAGUUUAUUAAUUAGUAACUUUAAUUCUAAUAUUAUUAUGAUAACUAAAAUUAUUGA